AACCUGUGAAGAGAGCAGAAAAGGAUUUACUGAAAACUGGGAUUUACCUGUGGUGGCGUGUUAACAGCACUGUCGCCUGUUUUCGACACCUAAGGUUAUAUUGCUUUGUAAAAAAAAAGAAUUUAAAGCGGAUUACAAAUAAAGAAGAUAUAUAUUUUUUCAUUAAAGAAGAAGGUCAAGACUCCACCUGCUGCAGGAAAAGACAGGCUAAAGGGACUGUUGAGGGCUUAUACCACCUGCCCUGAGGAGUCAAGGAGAGAAGGAAGGAAGGAAGGAAAGGAAGGAAAGACAGAAGGAAGGAAGGAAGGAAGGAGCUAGAUCAUCUUACUGUUGCCCCCUGCCUCCCAUUGUAUACAGAUGUAUGCUGAGAAAGUUGUAACAGAGGGGAAGAUGGGGAGCAGGGGAAUCUCUCUGACCUGUGUGUUGACCCCCUGCCGGUUGAUUGGGGUGUGUGUGACGCUGAUGAUCUUGGGAGCCAUUGGAGCAGCCGUUUGGGCCGUAGUUACGUAUUGCACAAUGGAGGAAGACACAGGACUGUAUGAUGUUCAAGUAAAUUCUGCUGACCAGCGUCUCAGAGUCUUUGACUCCGCCCAGAGGAGGUGGCGUCAGGUGUGUUCCUCCUCAGCCAAUGAACUGCUGGCUAGCAUCAGCUGUGAAGAAGUGGGCUUCGUCAGUGUGGUGAAUUACUCGGUCACAUCUGUGCCAGAAGCCAGUGGAGAUGGUGGAGAGUUCUUCUGUGUCAGACAGGAAGAGCUCAGCUACGGCAAGAAGAUUAAAGACUCAUUGUUCCCAUGUGACUGUGAGAGCAGGGAGGUUCUCACACUGUUGUGCCAAGACUGUGGUAGACGUAGUUUUGCAGCAGACCGUAUAGUUGGUGGUGUGGAUGCCAGGCAGGGCAGCUGGCCUUGGCAGGUCAGCUUGCAGUAUGAUGGAGUUCAUCAGUGUGGAGGAUCCAUCAUCUCAAACCGCUGGAUUGUCUCUGCAGCUCACUGCUUCCCCGAACGGUACCGCUUUGUUAACCGCUGGCGUGUGCUGCUGGGCUCCAUUUACAAUAAACCAGUCAACGCCAACGUGGCGGAGGUGAAGACCAUCGUUUACCACAGCAGCUACCUGCCCUUUGUAGAUGCUAACAUUGAUGACAACAGCAGAGACAUCGCCGUUUUGGCUCUCACCCAACCGCUCACUUUCACUGAGUACAUCCAGCCAAUUUGCCUGCCAGCAUAUGGUCAGAGACUGAUAGACGGGCAGAUGGGAACAGUAACAGGCUGGGGAAACGUUGGAUAUUACGGUCAUUUAGCAGAUGUUCUCCAGGAAGCAAACGUCCCCAUCAUCAGUGACGCUGUCUGUAACGCUCCGGAUUACUACGACAAUCAGAUCACCACCAGUAUGUUCUGUGCUGGUUAUGAGAAAGGAGGCACUGAUGCCUGCCAGGGAGACAGCGGCGGCCCCUUUGUGGCAGAGGACUGUCUGUCUAAGACCAGUCGGUAUCGUCUGCUGGGGGUGGUGAGCUGGGGAACAGGCUGUGCCAUGCCAAAGAAACCUGGGGUCUACACCAGAGUGUCCCGGUUUCUGCCCUGGAUAUCUACUGCCAUGAGGAACUAUCACAACUCACCAGGGGUUCACAAAAUGGCCCGGACAUGAGAUUACUGCGGCCAUGUUUCUACUUUUUCUACACUUGGGUGACAGUACGGACAGAUCCUGUAGAUGUCAGUGAGGAGCGUUACAACAAGGGAAGGACAGCUGUGAUGUUUCCCUUGUAUCACGGUUUUAGAUUCCUCUUCUUACCUAAAAUGUUUUACUGAGGAUUUAAAUGAUGCCAAUAUCGUACUCCUUAAUAGGUACAGUCCCCACCAUAAGUAUUUGCACAGUUACACUUUCUUUUUGUUCUUCGGGCUCUUUGCUUCGGCGCAUUCAUUUUGAAAUGAUAUAAUAGAUGUGACGUUAAAGUCCCAAUUUGAGAAGGUUUACCUCAAUAUAGAAAGAACUAACUGUGUAGGUGAUAUUACCUUUUUAACACACCGCCAAAACUGCAAGGUUCAAAAGUAAUUGGACACUUGGCUCCUAAAAUGUGUGUGUUGUUUCAAUGUUAGUUCAUGCACAGAAACAUCUCACACAUUGCUCAGAGUUGAGAGCUGUCAUUUAGAUUGCAGUUGUGUUGUCUGUCAGUAUGAGGAGCGCAGGUGUGAGUGAGCAAGUGAUAAUGAGAAAAGGAGAAAUAUAUGAGAGACAUUGAAGGCAGCUGGUUCAGCGAAAUCAGCAGUUGGAUACGCUUUUAAAAAAAGCAGGCGUGCACAAGAAAACUAGAACUUGGCGGACAACCUGGUGGGGGAAGGAGCACAAGACUUGUGGAAGAGCAGAGAAUCAUUUGCAUGAUGAAGAAUUGACCUCAAUGACUGGACAGCAGGUCAAGAAAGCUCUCCAGGAUGUAGGCAGACAUGUUUCCUUGUCACAGAUCAAGAAAAGACUUCAUGAUCGGAACUGAAAUUGCGGAGAAAACAGAGACAGCUCAUGGCUCAAAGCCACCACCUCAUCCGUCAAACACGGUGAUGGUAUGGCUGCCAAUGGAACUGACACACUGACAUUUAUUGAUUUCACUGCUGACAGAACAGGAUAAAUGCAGAGGUCCACUUACUCUGAAUGUCCUUGACUGGCCGAGUCAGUCUGAUCUCAGUCUGACUGAGCUGAAGUCCACAUGGUGAAGACCAGACUGACCAGAGAGACUCUACAACAAGCAAGAGCUGAAGGACAUACAAAGCAUCUGCUGAUGUCUUUGUAUUGAAAAUGAUGUUUUUGUGUGACUUCAUUUGUAUUAGUCCAACUCCUUUUAACCCCUAACAUUUGGGGACUGUGUAUUUAAAUGGCUAUACCUUCCACACAGUUCUUUCUACAUUUAUGUAAACCUACUCAAAUUAAAGCUGAAACUAGGAACUUUACUAAUGGAAGUAGCCAUUAUUAUAUUUCAAAUGGGCUGAAGCUCAGAGCCUGAACGACAAAAAUGUGUAACUGUCCAGAUACUUACAGUCUGAACUGUGUCCUAUAUCUACACAGAUACACACAGACAGAGCUCUAAAAGUGACAUCAAGUUUUAAACUCAUGAGCAAAAGGUUAUUGAGGUUGACUAACUUAGUUGUUAUGAAGUCAAAUUUUGAUCAGAAUCAUGCCAGAUGCCAGUUUUGUAAAAUAUAAUGAGAUUGUUUUUCUUCUAUUUUAUAGCUGCAUACUUCUGCAGUGUUACCAGCUGUGAACUGAAAAAAAAAACAAGUUUAAUGUAUGCAAAGUGAAUCAAGACUUGUAAAGGCUCAGGUUCAUAUUCAGUGUUCCAGAUGUAAUUACAAGGAUUCAUACAAUCAGACUUAAAUUCUUUAUCUAGAGAUUUUAUCUACUUGAGUCACUUUCUUCAGACCUGGACUUCCUGCCACAGUGAGUGCAGACUGCACCGAUGAUUUGUAAUGAAGAUCAGUAAAGAUCUUGUGCAACCUUGGCACAUUCAGUACUUUAAUAUUGUGCAACACACACCAACAGGCAGACACAGAUGUAGGAUGUCAGUAACACAUGAGUGAUUCUCAAUCAGCUUUAUUUUGAAACAUUACAGGACAGAACAAACUCUCAUGUUGUAAUUAAACUCUUACCUGUUAUACACGCCAUGUGUUUUUAUAUGUAGCCUGACUUUAUCAUGAAUAAUCAUUUAUACCUGAUCUGUCUUUACUAAAUUCCCAUGUUAAAAAUGGACUGGUGAAGAUGAUUCAUAUUCAAAUCAGUAUUUUGUUUUGUUUUGUAAAUAUUAGUCGUUGUCUUCUUUAUGUAGAUGUUUAUGUCAGACAUGUUACAGAUGAUCCACAGAUCUUAACACCAAGAGUGCAAUAACAACAUAAAUCAUGUUCUCGUACAAUAUAUCUUUCACUACAUAUUACAAAGACUUACCUGUGAGGACCUGUAGCUAUCACUGAAUCUGUGUCCUGCUUGAGGCCUGAAUAAAGAACGGGAUGUGAGCAUUAAUAACUUUAUUCAAAAUGAAUUUGAACCCUUUCUAGCACCGAUCUUUAGUUCUUGACUAAGGAGAAUGUUAUGUAAAGUCCGACAUAGAAACCAGCCAAAAGCUGUAAGAUUUACGCAAAUGCAUUUAUAAAGGCUCACACUAUCCACCACCAUCUCCCCCUUUGAAACAAAAUGAAUGUACAGUUUGUACAUCUAUAGGAAUUAUGUGUACAAGAGAAAUAAGUAUUGUAAAAUGUAAAUUGUUGCAUUGAGUAUUGUAUUGAAAUAAAGCCUUAAUUAAAAACAA